AAAAUAAAGAAUUACGAAACAUAUACAAUACAAUUCUAAUUAAUGAUAAUAUAAAAUAUGUUACUUCUAAAACUAUAUACUAUUUAUUCUAUUUUUUGAAUGCAAGUAUCUUCGUAAACACACAAAAUAUUUUGUGACGUCGCAAUUAUACAUACACACAAUAUCUGCCUCUUCAUACUGACGUUACUGUGUUCCCUCUCAUGAGGUACGGACCGAGAGAGAACACAGGGUGCGGACCGGUCACUUAGUUAUACAUAAAAAUAGAUGUAUUAUCCAGAAAUUAAGAAACGUUUAAAAACUAAUUCUUGAUUAAUCUCGGAUUAGUUUUCACUUCAUGUUAAUUCACUAGGCCCAAACUAACCACUCAACUAACACCUAACGUAAUUUUGUAACACCUAACGUAAUUUUGAACAUGAUUUCAACGGUUUCAGAUAUUAAUAAUUGGUUCUUCAUUUUGCUUAUACCAAAUGCUAAUGGUAUUGGAUAAAAAAUCGGUUACAAAUUGUUUUUUAUUUGUAUUAAAAAUACUCUUUACAAAUCUAAAAUAUGAAUAUAUUAACUUAUUAAAUUAACUGUUUGGGAAUAAAAUUUAAAAUUAACGAGUGAAAUAACUAUCGCACAAGUGUGUAGUUAUGCAACAUCACACAUUCAUUACAAUUAUCAAAACCCCUUACUAAAAAUUUAAAAAACAAUUAUACACAAAUAUGAUUACAAAAAAACACAAAUAUAAUUACAAAAAAAAGAAAUAUGAAAAGUCAAAUUUCUAAAAAAAAAAUUAACAAAAAAUAUACUCAUCCUUUAAAGACGGGUCAAAAUCUAGUUAACUUAUUAAAUUAACUGUUUAGGAAUAAAAUUUAAAAUUAAUGUGUGAAAUAGCUAUGACACAAGUGUAUAGUUAUGCAACAUCACACAUUCAUUACAAUUAUCAAAACUCCUUAGUAAUAAUUAAAAAAUAAAUUAUUACAAAAACACAAAUAUAAUUACAAAAAAAUAUAAAUAUAAAAAUUAAAUUUCUAAAAAAAAAUCAAAACAAAAAUAUAUACCCGCUCUUUAAGGACCGGUCAGAAUAUAGUAUCAUUCUUAAUCCUUAUCACUCUUGUCGGAUUAAUCAUUUACUAGGUUCCAUCUCAUUCCAAAAGAUAUUUUAAAACAUUGGUUCCAUCAAAUCCUCUUAUCUAUAUAUUUUAGGGUGGAGAAGCUAUUUCCCCACGAGAAUUAUUGUAUAUCACCAUAUGUCUUCCAAACUAUGUCCUCGUUUUAUUUGUCCCCAAUUUUAAAGUUUCAGUUUUAUUUCUCCACAAAUGUUGGUUUUGUCAAACCAAAUUCACAAAAUUUUAAAUCUCAAUUAUAACCGAACAAACCCAAAUUGUACCAAACAUAAAACAAACUAAACCAUAUCUAAACCAAAACAUACCAAAUCACUUCAUCUCUCUCCUUCCUCACGAGUCACAACAAAUCCAGAACCAUAAAAAAAAUUUCUCUGUCCAUCGAAUCUCUUCUUCUCCCACAUUAUUAAAGUUUCCGAUUUUAUAUAUGGGGAGAUACAAAUCGUAAACUUUAAUAAUGUGGGAAAAUAAAACUUAAACUUUAUAUUAGUGGAUAAAUAGAACGAAGUCAUAGUUUAGGAAACAUCUGCUGUUAUAAGUUAGUUCUCGUAGAGAAACAGAUUGUCGACCCUAUAUUUUAUUAUGAUAAACUCUUCCUAGGGAUUAUUUAUCGAAUGAAAGAAGAAGAAAGGGUUUUGCAUGUGGAUUAUGUUUGGAGGAAACUGGAUUUCGUAUACGUUUCCAUCUCGAUGAAACAGUACAGGACAAUUUUUAUAUAUUAAUUUUGAUCAUAGUACAUAGCCAUAAACUGUAGUAAAAAGAGCGAACAUGCUUAUUGAUGUUAUGAAUGAACCUUUUUUUUUAAUUUACUUGCAGCUUAUCUGCUUAGCUGAUCUGGAAUUUGAUUACAUAAACCCUUACGACUCUUCUUCAAGAAUAAACUCUGUGGUAUUACCAGAAUUCGUGCUUCAAGGAUUCCUAUGUCUUUUCUUCCUCGUAACUGGUCAUUGGUUCAUGGCACUACAUGGUCUCCCUUAUCUCUACUACAAUUUCCAAAUUUGCUUGAAAAACCAUUAUUUGAUUGACGUGACGGAGAUCUUCAACUUGCUUGACUGGGAAACGAAGAAACGGCUCUUCAAGCUCGCUUACAUGAUCCUCACUCUCUUCCUCACCAUUUUCUGGUUAAUCUAUUCCACAGUGGAUGAUUACGAGGAGUGAAGGCAAGACACCGUUUGAUUAAAACCCCCAUGUGACAUGAAAAGAAAGGAUCAUCAUUUGUUGUUAGUGUUUGUAGCAUUAGAGAUUUGUGUAACGAGAUUUUAGCCUGCAGUGAACAUUCUUCUGAUCUUGUGGCCUGCAGGUGGUGCAGCUAACUCACCAGGGUUCCAAUGUGGAUGUUUUUUCUUUGCUAAAAAAAACAUCUACGGUGGAACCUCGUUCUCGUUCAGCUCGGUUUCUAGUUUUACACUGCAAAAUUACUAUUGUAGGAUAUAAAUUUAAUUUAUGAGUACCAAACAAGAUUCUUCAAUUGCCUUCAUCUAGAUGUUAUGAAUGGCAAAAUGUAAUUCGCGUAUUUCAAAGCGGAAUUGACAAAACCGCAAACUGAUCACCGUUCAUCAAUUACAAUGAAAAACACACUACAGUAAAAAAUACAAAAAGUAAAUACGCAACACGUUUUUGAUUACAUGCAGAAUCUGAAAAACGCACUUUGUAAUUAUUGAAUAAUUGUAAUAAUUAUUAGACACGUUAACCAAUAACAAAAAAAUAUAAAAACAUAAUAUGUUUUAGUAGUACCAAAAAUCAAUUUAUAAAGAAAAACCAAAAACCAAAUUUAUGGGUUUAAUAAAAAACAAAUUUUUGUUUUUUUUAGAAUAUUAUAUUUUAAUUAAAUAAUAAUUAAUUAAAUACUAUUUUGCUAAAGAUAAAAUUCCAUACAAGUUUUUGUUCAUAAUAUAUCUGUAUAUAAUAUUAAUUUACUGUUAAAAAUUAGCUAUUAAUAUCUGUAAGUAAAGUUAUUGAAUUGUUUUAAUACUGAUUAGACACAUUAGACAAUAACAAAAAUAUAAAAACAUGAACUAUUUCUUAAUACAAUAUAUAUUAAUUUUGAAAAACAAAAUAUUUCAUUCAAAUUUGAAAAAUUAAAAUAGUUCCAAAUGUUAUAGUAUAUUUAUUUCUUUUGUAAUUUUAAUAUUUUAUGAUUAAUAUUGUCGUAUAAUGUAAGUUUUUAUAAAAAAUAUAAUAUUCUAAAUAUUUAUUUUUAAAUAAUAAACACAGUAUUUUGAUAAAUUUCAAUGGGAACUUCUAAAUAUUUUCUUGCUGUUUUUGUUGUAUUAUUUUAAAGUAAUGCAUUAAUAUCCUUUUGGAAAACUAAAAAAAUACAGCAAAACCAAAAAGCAAAAGUCAAAAUUAAAAAAACCAAAAACCAAAACCCAAAAGCGGAAAAAUCAAAAAUCAAAAACCUCAAAGUCAAAAACUAAAAUAUUAAAUAUUAAAAGUAAAAUCUAAAAACCAAAAACUAAAACUAAAAACUAAUAAAAUAAUGUUUUUAGAGAAAUAGAUUCUCUAUAAUAUAAGGAAACUGAGUUUUCAAAUAACUGUCAUUUUCUAAAGAGAAACCAAAAUCAAAGUUUUUGUGGUUUUUGUCAAACUUGCAGUAGUUUUUCAUUUUUUUCCCUUUUAAAUUAUUUUUUUGCUAUUUUUAUGCAUUAAUACAGUAAAAAUAAAGAGCUUCUUUCAAAAGUGACUCAAAAUUUCAAGUCAAACACAAAAAUAACCUAUGUUUUUUUUGAAACUUUGUUUUGUCCUAUUCACCCUAGAAGUUCUAGUUAUUCACGAAAAUGUCAUUAUUUUUUUUUUCUUUUUUUUUCGAAAAUGAUGUUUUUACCUUACCAUCCUCAUCUUCACCAAAUAUUUACAACUUUGCCAUUGACAUCAAUACCUAAACCACCAUGAACUACCAAAUUGAGAGUGUUAAUACCCUUAAGUUUCGGUUUUUCUCAUCCUUUCUCACUUUCUAUCCAUACAAACCACAUAUCUUACAAUUUUUCUCAAAAUUCAUCAAAAAAA